AUGUCUUUCUCCGUUCAUCAUACACCAAAGUCUUCUCAAGGGAGUGAAGGGGACAUUUUCUUUGAAAUAACUCCAGAAGUUGGUGUCGUAAAUGGUAAUAUGAAUCAAAAAAACCAACCUGAAGACUCUAAUGCAGACCAAUUUAAUGUAAACAAAAAUGAAUUUAGAAAGAGAGAUAAAUUACAUGAUCAUUCAAUGUCUAUCGACUCUGUAAUUUCUCCAAUGCAAUCAGUUUAUAUGACACCUCAAGACUCUACCUGUAAUUUAUUGAUAAAUGCGAUAAAACAGGCUGCAAUGACUAAUCAUUUUGACCCAAAAUUACGACCAGAUGAUAUAGCAACUUCACCUACUACAACUCCAUUUUUUACGACACCGUCAACACCUUUCGGUCCUGGUAGGCAAACCAUGGAUUUUAGUAAUAUUCAUGAAUUUAAUUUUACAUCAAAUACUUCAAAACCAUCUAUGAUGAAUCGACAAGCAGUCAAUGAUGUAGCUGUAGCAGCUAAAAUAAGAGAAUUUGAAUCCAUGAUAAAAAAAUCUACAUCGCAAUCAAAUUUAAAUCCAAUAAUAGAAACUUCGGAAUCUCCAAAGUAUAGUUCUACCCCAAAAUCAAAUCAAUCAUCUGAAUCUCCGAGGUAUCGUCAUACUGUUGAACCUUCUUCAGGAACAAAUACUUUUGUAGCAGAUUCUUAUGAUCAUAUAGAAAAAGACACUAUAACAUCUCCAGUAACAACUUCAGGUGGAUCACCAAUAGAACAAGUAAAUGUGAAUAAUCGUUUUUCAGGAAAAUCAACCGAUGAAAGAUGGUUUACAUCAUCAGAGAUUACUGAAGAUGAUCGGAUAAGUAAAGACCAUCGUAUAAAUUUAAUUUUAAAUACAAAUCCUCAUAGUAGACGGAAUUUAUCAAGGGAUGUAAUCAUAGAAGAAACAACAGAUACUGUAAAAGAAAUAAAUAAGGAAGAUAAUUAUAGAAGAAUAUCAAAAGUAUCUUAUGUAGGAAGAGGUGAUACAGCUUCUAAAAGUGAUAGCACUACUGAAGUUGGUGGGAUAGAUUCACCGAUAUCUUCAAAGAGAGUUUCUGAAAAAGAUGUUCUUUCUCCUACUUCAUCAAAAACAUCAUCAAAAAGGAUCUCUAAAGAGUCGACUAUACUAUAUCUUAAUAACCGUGACAAAUUUCUAUUAUUAACCGGGUUAUCACUGGCAUUCUUUUUAGUAAUAUUUGACAUAACUAAAAUAGCAAAUCAAAUUCCUAAAAUCGUUACCGAUUUCAAAGCAGGUGAAGAUAUUUCAUGGAUAAUUACUUCUUACAGUAUAGCAGGUGCGGUACUACAACCUUUAUGCGAGAAAUAUUCAAAUAUUUUUGGAAGAAAGUUAGUAUCACUCGUGGCAAUAUUUAUUUUUGGAUCCGGUUCGAUAUUAUGUGGUGCUGCGCAAAAUAUUCAAUGGCUAAUUUGCGCAAGAGCUCUAAUUGGAUUAGGUGGUGGAAUUAUCAUACCAACUGUAUUUACCAUUAUAUCGGAUGUUGUUCCUGCUCUUCAACGUAAUCCUUUCAAUAAUUCUGUCAAAUUUGCAUUUGCAUCUGGAUUGGUUUUAGGUCCGAUUAUUGGUGGUUUAUUCGCUGAUUAUUUGUCUUGGAGGUGGUCAUUUUAUAUGAAUGGUGUAUUGUCAAUUAUACCCAUUAUAUCAUUAUGGUUUGUUUCAAUCCUUUACGCACCAAUUGAUCCGGUGUUUGCCAAGUUAAGACUUGUAGAUUGGCUAGGAUUUGUCCUGCUGGCGUCGGGAUUUCUAAUUGUUUUUUUAUCGAUAAAUUAUGGUGGUGUCCAACUAGAUUGGUUUGGCAUUCCUAUAAUUAUAAUGCUAGUGAUAGGUGUGAUUCUACUGCUGGGCUUUAUCAUCUUCGAGAUAAAAUGUGCUGAAGAACCACUCUUUCCUAAAUACCUAUUUAUUGAUUCUUGUCAUCGUGCCGUAUUUGGCACGUUCUUUUUCUUGGGAUGGAUCCAAGCCGUUGUUAUCUACUACUCUCCUGUAUACCUUCAAUAUGUACAUGGUUUGACUGCAACAUCAUCCGCUAUAGCUCUCUUACCAUUAGUGACAAGCAUUGUAUUAUUUUUAGGAGUUAGUGUAAAUUUUACUAGCUACUAUCGAUGGGUUAUAUUCUGUGGAUUAUUUAUUACAAUAGCAGGAAGUGCUUUGUUAUCAACCUUUACUUUAUAUACGGGAUAUACAUUUAGAGUUAUAUCUCUUGUAGUGAUUGGAAUUGGAAUUGGAUCAUUUUCAAUGAUCUUAUUUAAGCCCGCACAAAUGGCUGUGAAAAAUCGCGAAAAAAAUACCGUAAAUGAACUAUGUAAUUUUUUCAGAAUGAGUGGAUGGGUCUUUGGCAUAUCAAUUUCUGGAGCAAUGUUUAAUAACAAAAUUUUAUAUGAUUUAUCAAAUAUUUCAAAUUUUCCGAUAAAAUCAUCAUUAAAUGAUGCCCUUUUUCUGACAAACAUUGGAAAACUUUCAUCCAAUGAUCAAAAUCUUAUAUUAACUCCGAUUGGUGAUGCGAUCGCCACUAACUUCAGAAUUUGUAUUUUCAUGGCUAUUAUCGGGUUGGUAUUUUCCUCAUUUAUAAAGCAAUAUAAAAUGAAUGGGAUUGCGCGAAAUGAUCAAGCUGAAUCAGGUGCUAAUAAUGUUGAACUAUUAAAUGAAAAGGUAUGA